AUGAUGCAGAUUAAUCUGUACCAUGUUCUGCGUCAGCUUUUAAUUAAUGCCCGUUUUACCGGCGGGAGGCGAAAACAAUUCACCCUUAUUCCUCCUGAGAUAAUUGUUGCCACAAAAUCCCAACAAAAUGAGAUAUUUUCUGACAUUCAUGAAAAAUUAAAUGAACUGGAGCAAAAUUUCACAAACACGCAACAAAUAUUAGAGGAAACUCAAAAGAAUUUAACACUCUGUAUAAAUGAAAAUCCCCAAAUCAAUGGAAUUUUAGAGAAAAUAUAUAAACUGGAGAUGAGUGUAAAAGAUAUGCGAGGAAAUUGCAAACAGCCGUGUGACAUUGUCAUACAAAGACGAAUGGAUGGUUCCGAAGAUUUCUAUCGUACCUGGGCCGAUUAUAAACAUGGAUUUGGUAAUAGUUCUGGAGAAUUUUUCAUUGGUCUGGAUAAAUUGAACGAACUUACCAAUUCACGUCCCUAUGAGCUGCUGAUUGUCAUGGAAGACUGGGAAAAUGAUAGACGUUUUGCUCGAUAUGAUCAAUUUAUAAUUGGCACAGAAGCGGAAAAGUAUGUCCUCAGGGUAUUGGGGAAAUAUAGUGGUUCGGCUGGUGAUGGUUUGACAUAUUCACUGGGUUCGAAAUUUAGUACCAAGGAUCAAGACAAUGAUGAAUGGUCAAAAAAUUGUGCUGUUGAAUAUACUGGAGCUUGGUGGUAUAAGCAAUGUCAUUACAGCAAUCUGAACGGAAGUUAUCUGAGAGACACACCUGCCGUGAACCACAACCCCCUCGAAGCUCCCCAGGGGGGCACACCAAUUGUCAGGCUGGAUCGACAGAACCAGGGGCAACUGACACCCGCGGUACGGAAAACCUCCGAUCAGGCUCGAGUCUCACAACACUAA